AAAAAUAUCGUUCAAAAACCAAGAAUGACAACUCAUUUUCAUUUUGUCAAAAUUUUUGGUUUUCGUAAUCAGUUAUCAUCUUACUUGUAACAAUUCGCCUAUAUAUGAAAAUCAACCAGGACAGUCCAGCUAGGGCCGUCCUCUCAUUUAGUGAAUGUUGAAAUAAAAUGAAUUUCCUAAAACUGAAAUUUGCUAGCAAAUCGGACAAAGAUCAAGGAUUCAAGGAACUGCAAAGAAGUAAAGACACUCAUAAUAUAUUUGCCAACGAAAGAAUGCAAUCCAGGCACUCCUCAUCGUCUGGUGUGCUAAUGGUUGGACCAAAUUUUAGGGUCGGCAAGAAAAUUGGAAGUGGAAAUUUUGGCGAGAUAAGAUUGGGAAAGAAUCUAUAUAAUAAUGAACAUGUCGCCAUCAAACUGGAACCUCUCAAAUCGAAAGCACCACAACUCACCCUGGAAUAUAGAUUUUACAAAAUGCUUGGACAACAAGAAGGUAUCGCUAAAAUUUUCCAUUUAGGAACAUGUGGUGGUCGAUACAAUGCAUUGGUGAUGGAACUUCUUGGUCCAACUCUGGAAGAUCUCUUCUCCCUCUGCAGCAGAAGAUUCAGAUUGAAAACAGUUUUGAUGAUAGCAGAUCAAUUGAUUACCAGAUUGGAAUAUGUUCACAGUAGAAGAUUGAUUUUCAGAGAUAUCAAACCCGAAAAUUUUCUCUUGGGAAGGUCUAGGAAUAAAAAAGACAAAAUUAUCUACAUCAUUGACUUUGGAUUAGCCAAGGAGUACAUUGAUCAAGACUCAGGAAAACAUAUCCCUUACAA